CAAUUGUCGGCCCCUCUUUAUCGGCGGACCCGACCCCGUUCCCCGGCACAGCACCUGCCGCGUGGGUCCCGGUUGACAGCUUCGGUGGGUUUCCUUGCUGAAAAGGGACGAUGUAAUGGUGGCUUAGCAGCGACAAGCGCCGCUUACGGCAGCUGGCGAUGAUGAUCGUGAUACGCUUCUUCAUGUCCACAGCCACGGUUGGUGAUGCAAUCGAGCAGGCGACCCGUUCUUUGGAACUUUGGGUUCCCAGUUUUUGCUUACCUCUUCUCGUUGCCUACGGCGAGACAGAACUACAAAAGCAUUUGACUCUGCUCGUCUCUAGACACGCCAAAUUCCCAUCUUUACGCCACACUUCAUGACAUCCAGAUCAACAAUGUCUUACCCUCCAGAAAAGCAAAAAGAGCCGGCGUACUCCUCUGCCGCGGACACUAGUCUGGGAGCACCUCCUCCAUCUUACGAAGAAGCCGUGCCGAAUGCGGCGCAAGACGCCUUACCAGAAUAUGGCAACCUAUCAGACAACCUCCACGUAGAAGCCGGACCCUCAUCAUCGACUACCCUCACAGCCGCAACACACAAGUUUCCGCCUAUGCUAAACUGCUACUUUCAAUGGGCCUUCACGCGAACCUUCAUUCUCGGCCCCUCCAACGAGGAGAAACUCUUCGCCGCCUCGCCGCACGCGGGCUGGCGCACCAAGAAGCGAGAAAUCAUCCUCCACGACGGACCCUCAAACGAGCACCCCGUCCUCGCGACGAUCGGCAAGUCGUGGGCCGCGAAAGCUCAGACGCCUGCGACGAUCGCAAUCCCGCCCCGGGAAGAACGCGGCGAGACAACCGGGGUUGAGACGGAGAUUAGCGGAGUGCCGUGGAGCCUGGACCAGAGUUCAGCACGUGUGUUUUCAAUGACAGUCGGGGGAAAAGAGACGGGGACGGAAGCGAGGACGGAGAGGUUUCAGUGGAGGGGCAGUCGGGGCGGGGAGGUCUCUGAGCUUGCUCACGGAGGCACGUAUGGGUGGAAGUUGGUCAGGUUGAAUGAAGUUGCCGAGGGCGCUGGGGGGAGUAGGCGAGAGAGGGAAGCUGGAUUCACGAGCGAUGGACAUGAGAUUGUUGCUCUUCUGGCAACGAACUACAAGAGCUUAACAAAGGGGCUGAAGUUCUCGUUUGCUGGGUCGGGGCUGACGGGGGAGUUAGGGGAGAAGUGGGAGAUCGUUACGGUCGCGACUGCGUUGUGGACCUGGUAUACUCACAUUGAGGGCACUGAAGGUUCAUGAUCUUGAUGACGGACUCAGAUAAGGAUAGAUCUGUCUUUGCGUUUACAUAUACCCCCGAUCAAUGCAUGACCUACUUAGAACACAA